GGAGGGGGCGCGGCCCGGCUGUGUUUGGGGGCGGGGUCCGGCGGUGUUUGGGCUCUCGGGGCGGGUCGUGACCCCCUCCCCACCCCCUCCCCGGGGGUCUCAGCCCCCCCGCAGGAUGGCGGAGGGCUGGGCCGAGUGCCCGGCGCUGGGCCCGGGCUGGCAGCGCCGCGAAGCUUUUCGGAAAUCCGGGGCCACCAGCGGCCGCAGCGACACCUACUACAGGAGCCCCACAGGGCAGAAGUUCCGCAGUAAGAUCGAGCUGCGGCGGUUCCUGGGCCCCGGGCACGACCUCAGCAACUUCGACUUCAAAUCGGGGCUGCAGCGACCUGGCCCCACCCGGGCCAGGAAGAGCCCCAAAUGGCAUCUGCCCACCGAGCCCCUCCCAGAGCCCCUCGAAAUCUUCAAAAAGGAGGAAGAGGAGGUGGAAGUGGAGGUGGAGGUGGAGGUGGGCGGGGCUGAGACCGAGAAGACCCCACCCUCAUCAGUUCAGGCCGUGCCCAUCCCUGUCCAGGCCACGCCUCUGACUCUCCAGGCCACACCUCCUUCAGUUGAGGCCACGCCCUCUCCGGCCGUGGCCACGCCCUCACUGGAGCCCCCCCAUCGCAGGACCCGGAAGCGGCCGCCCCUGGAGCCCCCCCAGGAUGGGGUGGUGGCGCUUUGUGCUGGCUGCCAGAGCCUCUUCCCGGGGGUGUCCCUGCCCCCCCAGCGCCGCUGCCGCUGGCUCUGCCCCGACUGCCGUGCCCAGAGACGAGACUUCAACCGGGAGCAGCGAUUCUACAAGCGGGUGGGCUGUGGCACGUGCCAGGCCUGUCGCAUCCCCGAGGACUGCGGGAUCUGCAGCGCCUGCGCCCGCAACCCCCCCGGGGGCCCCUCCGGGCCCGGCCGGACCCCCAAGUGCCUCCUGCGCCGCUGCCUGCGCAUCGUCAAGAAGGGCCUGGGCUGCGGCUCCUGCGCCGGCUGCCUGAGCACCGAGGACUGCGGCAGCUGCUGCAUCUGCCUGCGGCGCCUGCAGCCCGGCCUCAAGCGCCAGUGGCGCUGCCUGCGGCGCCGCUGCCUGCGCCCCAAGAAAGCCAGGGUGGCCAAGAAGCCGCAGAGCCCCCGGCUCCUGACAGAGAAGUGGAAGCCCCUCGUGGAGCGGGAGCUCAGCGACGCUUCCAGCGCCAGGCACAGAAAGCUGCUGACCAAGGGCAAGGAGAAGAAGAAGCCGGGGCGACCCCCGAAGGCCCCUGGGCCCCGCGGGCGGGGGGUGCGGAGCCGGGCCAGCCGGCGCUGCGGGGUGUGCGCAGCCUGCCGGCGCCCGGCCGACUGCGGCCGCUGUGACUUCUGCCGGGACAAGCCCAAAUUCGGGGGGCAGAACCUCAAGCGCCAGAAGUGCCGCUGGAGGCAGUGCCUGCGCUGUGCCAUGGAGAAGGAGGAGCUGCUGGGGGGGGCUGAGAACGGCCCCAGGCCCAUCCCGGGCCCCCCCCUGCGCCUCUGCCCCAUCAAGGAGGAGGCGGGACCCCUCCCCCGCCUCGAGGUGAGACCCCCCGGCUGCCUGGGACCCUCCCUGGACACCUGGGACCCCCCUGUGACCCCCCCUGCCCCCCCGCCCCCCCGCCCGGGCUCAAAGCAAGGCGGUUUACAAGGAGGUUCCUGCUGGCUGGGGGGGUUCUUGGGGGGGCUCUUAAGUGUUCCCCCCACCCCAUUAACCCCUUCUCCCCCACAGCCCUUCCCUCUACCCCCCGCUCCCCAGCUCUGGCCCGGCUCCUUCCUGGAGGAACUGGCCGAGAUUCCCCUCCCGGCUCACUGGGGGGUCGUGGGGGCUGACGGUGGUCCCGGGCCGUGCCCGGCGCGGGGGCUGCGGCUGGUGCAGCGCUGCCCCCGCUCCUCCAUGGCCGCGGCCGCCGUGCUGCUCAACCCGGGCUUGGCUUUCCGCGUCUUGGUCGCCCGCGGCCGCCCGGUGCCCCCCGGGCACGAGGUGCUGGCCCGGCGCCCCCCCCUGCGCUCCGUGCUGGACCUGGUGGAGCUGCUCUGCGACCUCGAGGCUUAUGGGCCCUGCCCGGGACCCCCGGGACCCCCGGCCCGGCCCCCCGCCCCCCGCUGCCAUGUCCUGGUGAGGGGGGGGCGCUGCUGCCGGCCCUGCCAGAUGCUGGCGGGGGAGGGGCAUUGAGGGAGAGGGGAUUUG